AUGCCGUUUUUCAUGUUCUCAACCUCCGAACUUCUAGCAACGACCUCCCAAGUUCAAUCGGCGCCUCUUUUGACCUCCGACGUCGCAUUGACUCUCUCCUCAUGCCCUUCAGACUACUACAUUCUUGUCUCGCAACCGGGAGUGUCCGCCACAGACUACUCCAAUUCUAAGAGAUCCACGCCCUUUCUCGCAAAAUCAUUAUCCCCUUUCCAAUCCAAAGGAUCGCCUGUUCGGAGUAGCUUGACUGUUCCAGAUGUUUUUGGUCGCCUUGACAGCUCUGCAUGGAUUGAUGCCUUGACAACGAAAUGCGGCGUCUUGGUUACUUCUGUCGACGCCUCGGAAGAAGGAGGAGGUAUUCCGACGAAGGAUUUAACCUCUUCACCCCGUCUGCUCGAACUUGUUCUUCCUGCGCCAUGUGCUGGGUCAAAUAGAGCCAAUGAUCUCUCUUCAAACGACGCAUUUCUAGCCUCUGUGAUAGAUCUGCUGCCAACGCACAACUAUACUGUUUUGUUCAUGACAAGCCGGUCACAAGACGGGAUGUUGGUUACUCAAGGCGCAGGUGAAAAGGAAGCCGUCGAGUAUGACAUGGAUUCCCAAAUACAAGAGAGCAUGCAUCUCGAUCUGAAGAGAGAUCUCGGUGUCCAUACGGCGGCCAACAAGACUGCGAGUAACCAGACCAUGAUCGACGGGCCGUUGUUCGAUAAGUAUCAAUUUUUCACCCCCGGGAUAUUCAUGGGCUACCUUGUCGGCUUUCUUCUCCUUCUGAUCUUGUACGUCGCCAUUUCCGGUGUGGCCAGUUUGGAAGUCACGUAUGCGGCAUUCGACAAGGAGCAAGGACAGCUGGCGACGAAGAAGCAGCAAUGA